AUGGCCAAUACUGGCCACAAUCAACAACAACAACCACAAGAAAAACAACAAGAUCAUCAACAAAAAGUUAAAUAUUUAUAUUUCAAUUAUAACAAUAAUAAUAACAAUAAUAAUAAUAAUAAUUUAAUUGUUUAUCUAAAUAAAACACCAUCAUCACAAUCUGUAUGCUCUGCGACAUAUCAUCAACAAUCGAUGAUGAGUUCGCCGACAUCUCCUUGGUAUCAUUCAUCAACUCUUGCCGGUGAUAAUAACGAUGAUUCGACAGUUUAUGAUGGAACUAAUUUAACAACAAUGACUAAACAAUCAUCAUCACUUUCAUUAAAUACUGAUUGUACAUAUACAAAUCAACAACCAUAUGAAAAUUAUGGACAUUUUUUUGUCAAAAAAACCUUUCAUAAACCAACAUAUUGUCAUCAUUGUGUCGAAAUGUUAUGGGGUCUUAUUGGACAAGGAUAUUAUUGUGAAGUAUGCAAUUUUAUUUGCCACGAUCGUUGUCGAAAACACGUUAUUUCGCCAUGUUCAAGCAUAGCACCUAUACUUAUCAAAAAUCCCGUGUGUCACAUAUGGUCGGAUAUAUCCCGGUUUAAGCGAAAAUUUUGCAAUAUAUGUCGAAAACGACUUGAAGAUAUUUCAGCUGUACGAUGCGAAGUUUGCGAAUAUUAUGCACAUGAAGAUUGUAAAGAUUUUGCUGUUAAUGAUUGUCGUGAAACAGCUACAUAUGCACCACCAAGAGAUAAUUCAACAACACUAGUAAAACAUCAUCAUCAUUGGCGUGAAGGAAAUUUACCAACAAAUUCUAAAUGUGCAAUUUGUAGAAAAACAUGUUGGUCAAGUGAAUGUCUUGCUGGAAUGAGAUGUGAAUGGUGUGGCAUAACAACACAUAGUACUUGUCGUUCACGUGUACCAGAAGAAUGUGGUUUUGGUACUUUAAGAGAUAUUAUAAUUCCACCGUAUGCUAUAUCAAUUCCACGUAUAGCUGAUCUUAAUAAAGAUCUUAUAUUGGGUAUUGGAAAUAAUAUGCAUAAACCCAUACAAACAACAACGACACCAUCAAAUAAUAGUGCAGUAGCAGGACAAGAUACUACAAUUAAUACAGCAACAGAACCAAAAAGUCCCAUACCUUUCGUAUCACAACGUAGUUUCAAUGAUGUACCAAAAUCAGUGAAAAGAAGUGGUUCAAGUCUUGUUCGACGUAUACAGAGACAAUCAUCAGUUGUAUUACCACGAAAAAAAAAUGCCGCAUCACAACGGCCCACACAAAGGGUGAGAAGUUCAUCAACAGAACAUCCAUCAGGUGGAGAUGCUGAUCCUGGUGCAAUUGAAAGAGAUUAUCGUAGUCGAGCAGCUGAAGCACAUUCAAGUCCAAAUGUACAAAUGGAAUGUACAUCUGGUAAAAAACCACGAGAUAUACGGUCAAAUAAAGGACAACAAGAUGAAGAAGAGGAACGAGAAAUAAUUCGAGUCUAUGAUGGCAAUGCAACCUAUCGCAAUAGCACUCCACGUUCUAUAUCCGUACCUAAACAAGCAACUUAUACCCAAAUUCUGGAGGCCGCUCUCCGCACAUUCCAUAUCAAUGAUGAUAGCACAAAAUAUUGUAUUACUGUACCUACAGAUGAUGGCGAUGGUGAUCAAUCAAUUGAUGAAACAAUGCCAUUGAAAUCCCUUAAACAAUUAAGCGGUCGUAAACUUAAUAUAUAUAUUCGAUAUAAAGAACGAUUUGAUAUGGAUUUUGAUUAUAUUCGCGUUUAUCCUGGCAUACUUAAAACUCAUGAUGGUUAUAAAGUUAUUAAAGUAACAUCAUCUAGUACAACAUCUGAAGUUAUUGCUAAAGCUUUAGCUGAUUUUGGUAUACAUAAUGCUAAUGCGGAAAAAUAUUCAUUGGUCGAAGUAUUACUUAUAUCUAAUGUUAAUUAUACUGAUCGAAUAUUAGAACCUCAUGAAUAUCCUUUACAUGUUUUAAGACAACAGAGAAAAGAAUCUGUUCGUAGUCAUCGUGUAACACGUUUUUAUUUACAACAUAAAGAUGAUCCACAUGGUCCAUCGGUUUCUUUAUUUGUUGGCAAUUUACCUCCCGGUCCAAGUACGGAAAAACAAUAUGAAAAAAUUCUUUUUCAAGAUAUAUUUCAAUCUAAUAAAGAUUUAAAAUGGGAUAAUAUGGAUGUUAUUUAUUAUGAACAUGGAGCUAUGGUUUUAGUUUAUAAUGAUAGUCAUCGUGCAACACGUGCAUUUACUAUUUUACAAAAAGCAUAUUAUGAUCAAAAUAAAUUAUUAGUAUUAAUGUUACCAAAUAUUCAACCACAAGUAUUAACAUCAAAUAUAAGUCCAUUACUUGUAUUUGUUAAUGUUAAAUCUGGUGGACAACAAGGAGCUGAAUUAAUAACGAAUUUUCGUCAUUUACUUAAUCCACAUCAAGUAUUUGAUUUACAAAAUGGUGGACCAUUACCUGGUCUUUAUGUUUUUCGAAAUAUUCCACAUUAUCGUAUAUUAGCAUGUGGAGGAGAUGGAACAGUUGGUUGGGUACUUAGUUGUCUAGAUAAUGUUGGUCAAGAUGCAUUAUGUCAAUCACCACCUGUUGGAAUUGUACCACUUGCAUCAUCAGCAGCAACAAAAGCAGAAGAGAAAAAACAAAAAAUACGAUUACAUAAUCCACCAACAGAUGCUACUGCAGCAUUACCGAUUGUUUUACAAGGUUCAACAAAUGAAGAUAAAACAGAAAUGUUUGUUAUGAAUAAUUAUUUUGGACUUGGUCUUGAUGCUGAUAUUUGUUUGGAUUUUCAUAUGGCAAGAGAAGAAAAUCCGAAUAAAUUUAAUAGCCGAAUACAAGCAAAAGGUUAUUAUCUUAAAACUGGAUUAAGAAAAAUGAUGAAAAAAGGUGGUUUAAAAGAUUUUACACGAGAUAUUGUACUUGAAGUUGAUGGAAAACGUGUUGAGUUACCAUCAUUAGAAGGCAUUGUUAUUAUGAAUAUACUCAGUUGGGCAAGUGGUGCCAAUUUAUGGGGACAUGAAAAAGAUGAUAAAUUUAAUCGACCAACACAUUAUGAUGGCAUGUUAGAAGUUGUUGGUGUUACUGGUAUUGUACAUCUUGGACAAAUUCAAUCAGGUAUACGCUCUGGUGUUCGACUUGCUCAAGGUGGACAUGUUCAUAUUCGAAUGAAUAAUGAUUAUCCAGUACCAGUUCAAGUUGACGGUGAACCAUGGCUUCAACCACCCUGUGACAUAACUAUUAUACGAUCAGCACUUAAAGCAACAAUGCUUCGAAAACGUAAAUCUAAGAUCAAACGUCGAAAUACGGAACCAACUGUUUUCUUUCCUGAUGCAGAUGAUGACUCAAAAUGUUAA